UUUUUUUAAACAUUUACCAGAAUAUCGCGGAGAGAUAAGCGGAUUAUAUAACAGUCCUGUGCAAUACUUUUACGCAGUUGAACUUGAUACUUUCUUCGGACUAUUGUAAACGAAAGAAAAGAUCAGAGGCAUCAUCAUCCGUGAAACAAACGAAUAUCAAAAGAAACCAGCUGAAGUUUAAAACCGGUUAACUCAAAGAAAUUCCCUUUACAUUAAGGUGUCGAGUGCAGAUCCCUCUGGCGAAAUGAGCUAUUUUCUCAUUUCUCUUAUUGUCGGUCUGGCGUUGUUUGUUCUUUUGAGAUAUUGUUGCUCUAACAGGAACAAAUCUGUCCCGCAAGUAACGGAAACAUGGUGGACACCCGGUACCGAAAAACUCGUCGAUAACAGGGUCAAGUCGUACCGCGUUAACUUCUCUCAAGAGAUGGUGGACGAUUUAAAAUAUCGGCUGAAGCAUACUAGAAACCUAACACCGCCGUUGAAAGACACCGCUUGGACUUACGGCACGAACACAGACGUUCUGCGCAAGCUUUUGAACUAUUGGGCGAACAAGUAUGACUUCCGGAAACGCGAGGAUUACAUCAAUCAAUAUCCGCAGUUCACAACUAACAUCCAAGGGCUGAACAUUCACUUUUUGCACAUAAAACCGAAGAAUCCGGAAGGGAAACGUGUCUUGCCGCUUCUGAUUUUACACGGAUGGCCCGGUUCUGUGAUGGAAUUUUACAAGAUCAUCCCGUUGUUGACUACCGUGAGGCCGGAGCAUGACUUCGUCUUCGAGGUCAUAGCACCUUCCUUGCCCGGAUUCGGUUUCUCCAGCGGCGCCACGAUACCUGGCCUAUCGGCCUCCAACAUGGCCGUAGUUUUGAAAAAUCUCAUGUUGAGACUCGGAUUCGACAAGUUUUACGUCCAAGGUGGCGACUGGGGCGCCUGUAUCACCACUGAUAUGUCGAUUCUGUUCCCGCAACAUGUGCUGGGUAUGCAUUCUAAUUUUUGCUUUAUGAUGGACAUGUGGUCUUUGCUGAAAGAUAUAUUUUACCACUAUCUUCCUCCGAGCCUGUCACCUUCCGGAGAUUUCUAUCAACUAGCGUCAUUGAAGCAACAAGUGAUUGCUUUCCUGGCAGAAAGUGGAUAUAUUUAUAUCCAAGCUACGAAAGUUGACACGAUCGGAGUUGGUCUAUGUGAUUCGCCAGCUGGUUUGGCCUCGUAUAUUAUCGAAAAAUUUUCGACCGGCAUUAAUUACUGGUACAAGUUUAGAGCGGAUGGCGGAAUUCUGGAGAAAUUCACGUACGAUGAGCUGAUCGAUAAUCUAAUGAUGUAUUGGACGUCGAACAGCAUUACUACGGCCAUGAGAAUAUACGCGGCAUUUUUUAGCGAGCAGAACUCGAACAUGCGUAGCUUGAGAACGCUGCCAGUAACCGUUCCCAGCGCUUGCGUGCAGUUUCCUCAUGAGAUUAAACUAUAUCCUGAGAAUAUACUGAGAGACAAGUACGUGAACUUAGUACGCGUUACUAAAAUGCCACGAGGUGGACAUUUUGCGGCGAUGGAGGAGCCUAAAUUACUAGCGAAUGAUAUCUGGGCCUCCGUUGGGCAGAUGGAGGUGUUGAAGCGAAGUAAUGAGAAGAACAAUAAGAACAAGAAGAAUGAUCUAUAAUCUGCGAGACUGGGAGUAGUUUCUAUGUGUAUUUUUAUCAUUUCUAAUUUGGUUACUUCUCAGAAAUUUGUAUGGUAAGCUAUGUUAUUUGUGUACAUUGCAAAACCCGUAAGUUUAAUAAAAAAAUACCGAAAUAAUGUUAU